CUUGUAGUGCGGCUUUGUAAAGCUCUCCUGUGUCUCCACGGCACAACGAGAGCAGGGAGGAACAGUGCAUUGCCGGGGUUGUGGGUCUCCUCUUCGGUCCGGCCGCUUGUUGGGGCGACUCUGCAGCAGCAGCAGCAGGACGGACGGGCUGGGCGAUGUCCGCCGUUUGGGAGCUGCUGGCUCUGAGCUUCUCUCUGCUGCUGGUGGUCUGGGGCCAGGGGAGUAAGUACUCCAGGGAGGCGAAUGAGGCAGCUGCAGGCGGCGGCCCCAAGCGCCCGGAGGCCGUGGCAUUCAGGGUGGUGAAGCUGAACCAGAUCUGGGAGAAGGCGCAGCGGCUUCAUCUAUCGGCUGUAAAACUGGCAGAGCUACAUAGUGACCUCAAAAUACAAGAAAAGGAUGAGCUGAGCUGGAAAAAGCUGAAGGCUGAAGGGCUAGAUGAAGAUGGAGAAAAAGAAGCCAAACUUAGACGCAAUUUAAAUGUAAUCAUGACUAAAUACGGAAUGAAUGGAAAGAAAGAUUCCCAGCUAGCAGAUACUAAUUACAUCAAAGAUGGCACAGAAAGUGAUGUGCUAGAUGAUCCAAGACUGGAGAAAUUAUGGAGCAAGGCCAAGACUUCUGGGAAGUUUUCUGAUCAGGAGCUGGAUAAGCUGUGGCGGGAAUUUAAGCAUCACAAAGAAAAGAUUCAUGAAUAUAAUAUUCUGCUAGAGACUGUGAGCAGAACAGAAGAAAUCCAUAAAAAUCUGAUCAACCCCCAUGAGGAGAACGGGCUCAAAGAGGAAAUCUUGUAUGGCAAACACACAGAACUGAAAGACAAAAUGCGAAGCAUCAAUCAGGGAUUUGAUCGCUUGCGUAAAAUCAGCCACCAGGGAUACGACACAGCCAGCGAGUUUGAAGAACCCAGAGUGAUUGAUUUAUGGGACAUGGCCAAAUCAGCCAACUUUACUGAGAAGGAACUUGAAUCAUUUCGGGAGGAGCUGAAACAUUUUGAAGCGAAAAUUGAAAAACAUCAUCAUUACCAGAAACAGUUAGAGCUUUCCCAUCAGAAACUGAAGCAUGUGGAGGGGACAGGAGAUAAAGAACAUCUGAGCAGAAACAAAGAGAAAUAUGUCAUGCUAGAAGAAAAGACGAAAGAACUGGGCUAUAAGGUGAAGAAGCACCUACAAGACUUAGCCACUAGAAUCUCAAGAGGUCUUCAACACAAUGAACUCUGAACAUAUUUUCCAUGUUGUAGAAAACACCCAAGAAAGCACUUUUCCUGGGACUUACUGAAUACCCAGAGAAACAAAAAAUUAAAUAGUAAGCUUCCAACUGGAUUGUCCUUUGCAAGGAAUAUGGUAUCAGUCCUUUUAUAGUUUAGUCACUGAAGUGACACCUUGAUUGUGAAAUUAAAUGAGUCGGUUAUAAAUAUACAUUUAAUUUGCAGAUCUUUUAUCAUUUAACUCUUUAAAUUUUGCAUCUGCAUCACAUCAAGUCUUUCAAAUAAUCAUUCAAAAAAAAGUAGACACUGUUUAUGAGCUCUGUUGGUUGUACUUGGAGGAGGGGGGAGAUAUAUUUCCCAGACCAGUUGAACUAAAGCAUGAUGCUGCAAAGAUUUAAUAGAAUAAUCUAAAAUUAUAGUCUAAUCUAGGGAUGUAAAAUUAUAGUCUAAUCUAAAGUAGGGAUGUAAUAGUGUAGUUGAUUAAGCAAAAGCUUAUCGGUUAAUGCUGUAGAUGACCCACAUUUCCCCUUCCCCGCAGCCAGUAAAUGAUUCAGCAGGCUGGCCAACUCAGUCCUGGCUCAUGCCAGGUCCAGUACCUACCCCUACUGCGGCUCUGCAUUCAAAGUGUAUUAGGUGCAAGGUAGCCUGGAUCAGUUCUGGCUUGCGCUGGGUCUGAGAGCUCAGCAAGCUCCCUUCUGCACCCAACUCUGUCCCAAACCUCCAUAGACAUGCAGCCCUUGACCACUUGCCAAAAACUUGGAGCAGCCCUGCAUUAGAAAUUAUUGCCCAUCUCUGUGAUAAUCCAUGAACUAAUGCCAUCUGAAGAUCACUAGACUGAAACUGAAAGGAGCAUUCAUAUGCAAAAGGUUGUUUGACCAAAAGUCCUUGGUGACAAAGUAUCUUUUUUCUGUAGUCUGAUUUUUCAUUAUGCAGACUGUCACCAUUUUACUUCUGGGGCGAUUCUGUGCCACUGCAUGUGUCAGAAUUUGAUUUUUUUUUCCCUCUGCAGAAAAUACAUUCUGCUGGAGUAGCACUGCAGUUACACCUGUAGCCCACCAGGUGCUGCUGUUGCCGCACAAAAAGGACACCCCGUUUACUGUAGCAGCCAAUAGGGAAGAGAAGUGUGUUUCCUCACAACAUCCUGGCUAUAGGGCCAGUCGAGGGGGCACAGGUGAUGGCGGGAGGGGUCUGGACAGGGUGGGGCAGGUUGUAUAGACUGCAGUUCAGAACCACAAAUGAAGAGGACCGACUGGGGCUGAAUAGGAAGUGAGGCCAGGACAUGGUGUGUGUGGGGGGGGGGG